AUGUCUUCCAAAGUUAGGGCAAAGAAGGGGGAGCAAUCUCCAGAGCCUAUGUCGUGUCAGAUUACGUCACUUCCAGAUGACAUCAUCAUGGAUAUAGUAGCACGUGUACCGAGAUGCUACUAUCCCACAAUCUCUCUCGUUUCCAAGAGUUUCGGAGCUCUCGUUGCGUCGCCUGAGCUAUACACGAGACGAUCCUUGUUAGGCUGCAGCGAACAGUGUCUCUAUGUUGUCCUCUAUAUCCGCACCACCUAUGAUCUACGUUUGUCUAUCCUCCACCGGAAAGCCAACAAGAAUCGCUUGGGCAUCAUCCCAUUGUUUCCUCCUUUGCAUUACAGUAGAAGCUAUGUCGCAGUCAAUUCCAAAAUAUAUGUGGUAGUAGGUCAAACAAACAAUACACAGUGCAUCGACUGUAGAUCUCACACUUUGCAGUCCACCUCCAGCAUUCCUAAUAUAAUGGGUUUAAAGGUCGCUGGAACCAUCGAUGGGAAGAUUUACGCAAUCGGAGGCUGUUUGACUGAUGACGAUCGGUUGUCGAAGAGAGUCAAGGUGUUGGAUACAGAAACUCAAAUGUGGGAGUCUAGGUUGACAAAGCCUGGCAUAAAUCUAGGCAGCUUGAGGCCUUAUGUUGUGGUGAUGGAGGAUAAAAUUUACAUGAAAGAUGAUGAGUAUAGCUUUGUUUAUGGGCCAAAGGAAAAUAAAUGGGAAUUGGACGAGAUGUUGAAUUCUAAGAGAUGGAGCAAUGCAUGUGUUGUUGACCAUGUGUUGUACUAUCACGAUAUUUGCAAUAAUAUGUUAAGAGCAUAUGAUCCAAAGGAGAGGUGUUGGAGAGUGGUGGUAGGUUUGGAAGAAUUAUUGGUUAACACGGCCGGUUCACCCCUUACCAGGACAGUUAGUUACGGUGGAAAAUUGGCUAUCUUCUUUGCAAAAGGAGAAUAUAUUUGGAAACCAAACGAGAUUUGGUGUGCCGAGAUUGCUUUGGAAAGAUGCCAAGGAGGAGAGAUUUGGGGUAAGAUGCAAUGGUGUGGUGUUGUGUUUAAUGAUGAUAAUUUUUGCAUGGUUGAAUGUUUAGCUGUUACGGUUUGA